AUGGAUCCACAUCCAGGCGACACGGUGGCAGCCACAAACAGCGAUGACGACUACGGCUCCGAGGUAGCGUACGAUUCGGACCUCGAGGAGACUCUCCGCACGGUCGAGCAGGGCGGCGAGUCGCGACACGCGUCCUUGUCCGGCGGCGUGCAGGACAUUGAGGAUGUCGUCGGCCUGUCGCCUAUGGACGAGUUUCGGAAGCGCGGGGUCCUCUCCGUAUCUGAUCUCGUUGGUACUGUGUGGUGUGAGGUGCAAUACGACUACCGCCUCCGUACCCUCCCUUUCCUACCCCCUGCCGCGCGCCCAGAGCGCAUCACGACGUCCAAAGGCGCCGAAAUCAAAGUCGACAAAGUGAAGGUGGAGGGGAAGGAGCGAAUCCUCAAGCGUGGAGAAAAAAUCCACAAGAGGCUUGAGCGCGAGAUUCACCCGGCCGAGGUCACGAUAGCAUGCGAGUCGCGCGAAGAUGCUUGGGGACUGAGGCUCCUCAACAUGGUCGUCUCACUCGAAACGCUCAUCUCGCUGGGCAAGUGCCGCGAAAUUCCUGUCGUGGGCAUAGUGCGCGGCGUGCCGAUAAUGGGCAUCAUUGAUGAGAUAACCCGCGUGUCAGUCGAGGACACUCCGCCCAAGCGCCGCGCAACUCGCGACGCGUCGCGCCAGGCGUCCCUCGAUGCCUUUUUAAACAUCUCCGCUCCACGACCACGAACCCACCGACUCAUGGUCAGCGACUCCAAGACGCGUGCGAGUGGUACUCUACCGCGCGAAUCAGACACACUUUCGGGCAGACUGCAAGUCAUGCUCUACAAAGAGCUGUUCGACGCGCUUCUGCGGCCAAAACCUCUCGUCCCCGAAGUCCAGGCGGCAGGGCAUGGGUCACCCCUGCCAACCGACAAUCCGUCUGGCUUUGACGUCGUGCUCGCUCACCUCGGUGUUGAUAUGGAAACGGCAUUUACCGAUGUCUUCCUGCAGCAAAUCCGACCGGUCAUUAUCUCCAACGGGCUGCGUUUUGAUAUCGGCAACGCUGUCAAUCUCGCCGACAUGGUAGCCGUAUGGGGCCGUUACGUCGAGCUCCUCGGUCUCGGAUCCGACGCGAAGCAGGGCGAUGGCGCCACCGACGACACCAUGGAGCUGGUAUACCGCCGUGCCGGUCCAGUCAAGCCCAAAGAUGGGGCGAAGCGUAAAAAACGCCGAACCAGGAGAAAGGCGGAGGCGAGCGAAGACGACAGAGAUGUUGCAACUGGCGACACUGCACUGAAAUUGGAAGCCGCCUUGGCCGAGGAAGAAGAUGCCGACCUCCAGCUGGCAAUUGCUCUAAGCCUCCAAGUCUCUGGCGCAGGCACAUCUUCUGAACCAGCGAACGUCAUUCAGUUCGAACUACCCCCAGUGACCCCUCCCUCGUCGACACUAUCCCAGACCAAUGACACACUACCUCCUAGCACGGUUCAACCGUCGACGCCAGCCGCGUUUCACAACGUGCAUACGACGACAGCGUCGCAAUUGCAAUCGACUCUGACCCACGCGAACCUCUUGACAGCUACCGAUAUCGCGUCCUCUGGAGACCCUAGUCCCCAAACGCCACCGCGCCAAGGUCUGCGAAGGAGCAUGUCCCACGGGCCUGAUCAACGUGCUUCAGGGGAAAGCGACGCCGAGCGAGAGGAAGACGAGCUAGCGUGGGCUGUUGAACUUAGUCUCGGUGCCACUCAGUCACCGGAAGCACACACUAGUGCCGAGGUGCCACUGCGUGCAUCCCAAGAGGUUUCGCGCGCCCCCUCAAACCCAAAGAUCACCACGGAAACCGAGGCGUCCAGCGGAUCGACGUCCGGGUCCAUCAUCGGGCGCACCAGGUUCGGCCACAACCGACGGCUCCUGGCAUCCCAUCUGGACAGUGUGCUCGACUACUGGAAAGGGACUCGGGCGCCUCGGGGAGUGGCACCCAGCGAAGCGAGUCGCUGCGCCUGGUGCGAGUUUGAAGAUGGUUGCGAGUGGAGGGCACAAAAGGCGAAUGAGGCAUGGCAGCGGUACAUUGAACGUGCGCUGUGACCAUUGUGUUGUCACAUCAUAGGUGGAAUGCUCGCCAUUAAUAGAACACCAGCUACCGGCGCGCUGUAGGACGAGGUUGGCGUGGCGUUUGCCCCCUGGUCUACUAGCCGGCUUGUACGUUAUUUGUUUCUCCGCUGGGCAGGCGCCCUCGUUUUUUAGCACUGUUCCGGGGAUGUUGUGACAAUUCAUUAUGUCUCUACAAUGCUUGUAAAACCCGUCCACUGGGUCGUAGUAUACACUGG